CCCCUAUAUUCCCUGACAAUGAGUCAAACUAACAUUGAGUGCAACUACGACGAUGCUCCCGUCGAUUCCUUCGACGACUUGGACUUGGAUGAGAACCUUUUACGAGGAAUCUACUCGUACGGUUUCGAGAAGCCUUCGGCUAUUCAAUCGAGAGCUAUCAAGCCUUUGAUUGCCGGUCGCGAUACCAUCGGCCAGGCCCAGUCUGGUACUGGUAAAACCGGCGCCUUCACCGUCGGCUGCCUUGCUCGUGUUGACCCCAAGCUCAGAGCUACUCAGGCCCUUAUCCUCGCCCCUACUCGUGAGCUAGCUCAGCAGAUCACUUCGGUUACCAAGUCCCUUGCUGACUUCCUCGACAUCAGGUGCCAUGCCUGCAUUGGUGGCACUGCUGUUCGUGAGGAUAUUGAGAAGCUCCGUGAGGGGCAGCACGUCGUGGUUGGCACUCCUGGUCGUGUCUUCGAUAUGGCCAACAAGAGGCAUCUAAGGUUGGAUGACCUUAAGAUCUUCGUCCUUGAUGAGGCCGAUGAGAUGCUCUCUCGAGGGUUCAAGGAUCAGAUCUACGAUGUCUUCCGUCUCUUGCCCAGCAAUGUCCAGGUCGCAUUGUUCUCCGCCACCCUGCCCGAUGACAUCAUUCAGCUGACUACCAAAUUCAUGCGUGACCCCGUCCGAAUCCUCGUCAAGACUGAUGAGUUGACCUUGGAAGGUAUCCGUCAGUUCUACAUUGCCAUUGAUUCUGAGGAGUAUAAGUUCGAUACCCUCAAGGAUUUGUAUGAGACCCUCACCAUCACCCAGGCUAUCAUCUACUGCAACACCAGGAGAAAGGUCGACUACCUCGCCGAGAAGAUGCAUGAGGCCGAUC